UUCAACUGAACGGACGGUCCGCGGCCAGCGAGGGUCGCCACGAAACUAUCUGAAGUGCGAGUUGCGAAACCACGCGAGUGUCCACCACGAAAUGCUUCUCGGCGCGUUGUCGUUAUCCUUGCCGCUGUCAUUUGCCGGAUUUUGGCAGACCUCGCCAAAGUUGUGAGCGAGUGAAAGUUUUGUGCACUUGUCGUGAGGCGACUUCGGUUUACCAUUACUCUUGCAUUCGCAUUUGCGUGCCUAAUUUGAAGUAAUUACCAAAUUAAGGAAAGUAAGCUAAAGGAUUGCCACCAGCCAUGGUUAGGCCACACCGCCGCCGCUUCCGCCCACGGUCGGAGGUCAAUGUCCGGCAGUUGGCCAUCGCGAUAAUAGCCACUGCCGCGGUCACCAUGCUGAUGACAGCCGCGCCCACCCUCGCCGAAAUCCCCACAAAAGGCAAACACACGCGACUGGACAGCCAGCAGACGGCACAGGAUGAAUCCGACUUUCCGCGAUUCGCUGAACCCAUUGCUAAUGUCACCGUCUCCGUGGGAAGAGAUGCUCUGAUGGCCUGCGUGGUGGAGAACCUAAAGGGCUACAAGGUGGCCUGGGUGCGAGUGGAUACGCAGACCAUCCUAUCCAUUCACCAUAAUGUCAUCUCUCAAAACAGCCGCAUUAGCCUGACCUACAAUGAUCAUCGCUCGUGGUAUUUGCACAUCAAAGAGGUGGAGGAGUCGGAUCGCGGUUGGUACAUGUGCCAAGUAAACACGGAUCCCAUGCGCUCCAGGAAGGGCUACCUGCAAGUGGUGGUUCCCCCGAUGAUUGUCGAGGGCCUGACCAGCAACGAUAUGGUGGUGCGGGAGGGUCAGAAUGUCUCGCUGGUCUGCAAGGCACGUGGCUACCCGGAGCCCUACGUCAUGUGGCGCCGCGAGGACGGCGAGGAGAUGCUAAUUGGCGGGGAGCACGUCAACGUGGUCGACGGCGAGCUGCUGCACAUCACCAAAGUGAGUCGCCUGCACAUGGCCGCAUAUCUGUGCGUCGCCUCCAACGGAGUCCCGCCAUCGAUUAGCAAGCGGGUCCACCUGCGUGUGCAAUUUCCACCCAUGCUCUCCAUUCCGAACCAGCUGGAGGGCGCUUAUCUGGGCCAAGAUGUCGUACUCGAGUGCCACACCGAGGCCUAUCCAGCAUCCAUUAACUACUGGACCACGGAGCGCGGAGAUAUGAUCAUAUCGGACACCUCGAGAGCCGGCGAUAAAUACGAGACCACAUCAACCGUCAGCGGUUACACAAAAUACAUGAAGUUAAAAAUCCGUGGCGUUGGACCCAACGAUUUUGGCACAUAUCGCUGCGUGGCCAAGAACUCGCUGGGCGAAACCGAUGGAAACAUAAAGCUGGACGAAAUGCCCACACCAACGACGGCCAUUAUUUCAGAGAUGUCCUUGCUGAACCGCAGCUAUGAUGGCAAGAGACGUCAUAGAAAUAAAUUUGACUCGGCCAACGCUCUGCCUGAUUAUGGGGUUGAGGAGUGGCGCGACGGUGCCCAAGGCAACCAUGGCGGGAACAAUGGCGAUAGCAAUCAAACGCCCGUGCGUAAUCCGCCCGGAGCAUUUCACAAUUCUGCAGGCUCACUGGCGCAGCAUAAUCUACUUGCUAAAAUAAUGCUCGGCAUUAAAACGCAAUCAUUUGGGAUUUUCAAACGUUUAUCGAGUUCUUUGCCAUCGGCGGAGGGCUUUCUCUGGCUGUCGACGUUAUCGCCGGUCGCGCCAAGUCGGUGGCGUAUGAGUAAUAUGGAAAGCCGGCCGAAUUCACCGGAGACCGUUGUCAACAACGAGGCCGCCGUUGGAUGCUGGAUGGAGCAGGGGCGGGCGGAGGCUAGAAGUCAUUGUGGGCGGACCAGCAGCAACAAUAGCAACAGCAACAACAACAAAAACAUCAUUACCAACAGCCCGCCCAAGGGGGCGGGGCAAUUGCGCAUAUUUCACAUUGCUCAUACGCCGCGUGGCGCAUCAACGCAGCACUCGCAGUGCGAACGCCCCUGGCAAUCGCUGUGGAAGUGGAAGUGGCAACGUCAACGCCAGUGGCCAAUGCUCAUUUGCAUAGUAAUAUUGGCUGGCUGUUUUGUUCGCUGGCUGCCAAUGCUACUGCAUUUUAUCGGCCGCCACAUCGGAACAUUUUCUAUUAGCGCGACGCAUAGGCAACAUUUAAUGUGCACAUUUCGGGCCAUCGCUGGUAAUAAGGUUGUCGCCAAAAAUGCCAACCAGACCAGGCCAAGUACCCUCGUAGCGCUGUGCCCUCGGAAGUUUUCAAGAUGAAAUCAAAUAAUUGCAAAAGGCAAGAAAGAAACUCAUUUAGGGCACAAGCAGCUUGAAGAACCGAAUCAAAUCGUGGCCAGACGAGGACCAGGAUAAGGAGGAGCUGGAGAAGGGAACGAGUCCAGAUACAAGUGCACCGGUAGCGUCAGACAUAGAUAUGUUUAUACUAGAGCGUAAAAUGAAAAUCAUGUUAGGGACAAGGCUGGCCAAGAGUGGCGGCUGAUGUGCAGGAAAUAUUGGCAGCAGCCACAUCCGACAUCCUGCCAUUGAUGCGGCUCCAGUAUUUAUCGAAAGUCAAACAAAAUGUAAUGUACCUAUUUGUAUCAAAAUUAAUGUCAUCGAAUACAAAUCGUUUUUUAUUACACGAAUAUCUGGCUACCUUUUUUUAUGAUUUCAUAUGGCUUUUGAAUGUAAAAAGACAAUUAGCAUGUUAAUUUUAUUUUAAUUGAAAAUCAAAAGGAUGAGACGUAUUCAAUUUGUUUAAUUUUCAUAACAAAAUGAUAGGAAUCUUAAAGGUUUUCGUUCAAAGCACCCAACACAACAGAAUAAAAAAUGUGGCAUUAUGUAAAAAGCAUAAUAGAUCCAAUUAAAUGGAAAUAAAUUAAUUAUAGUCCACAAAAAAUGCAAAAGAGGUGUGGCAAAAAAGUGGGAAAAAAACGGUUAAUCAAAUUUGCAUUUAGAUGAAAGUAUUUACGCAUACCCAUACAUAGCGAAUUUACAUAGUAAAUUUAGCAGAAUUAAAAAAAAAAAAGAAAAAAAGAUAAAAAGGAAAAUGUGAACCACUACAUAGCAAAGCAAAAAAGUGUUGAUAUAAGUAAUUUAUUGGAAAUAAAGUUGAUAAAAAACUUACAAUUGAAACUGUUUGGCCAUUUUUUGUCAAUGAAAAUUAUGCUGUUAACAAUAUAGGCUUAUUAAAUUAAUUUGUUUUGUAUUGCAUUUAAUUUAAAUCAUUCAAAGAUAUUAAUAAACAAACAUGUAAUAAUUAAUAUGUUUCACGAAUAACACAUUUAUUUACCUUUUUUUAUUAAUUAUCUCGUUUGUAAGAAUUUAAUUUGAGCAUUCGUAUACUCCCCUUGUAUGUAAAUAUCUAAUUAGUAUAAGCAUUAAAGAGUAUUACGUUAAUUUAAUGAAACUUCGCUGUACAUAUGAAAGAAAACUAUAUGUGGAACUAUAUAUAUUUAAUUCUAUCUGAGGCUCUUGGGCUUAUGAGGCCCUGUUGAAAAAAGGAAAUAUUAAAUAAAGAAAAAAUUUAAUGUGCUUUAGUUUUCAUUUGUAAAUAAAUCUGCCACAUUAAUCUACACAAGUUUAAAUCAAUGUUAACGCGUUAAACACAUAAAAUAUAUAUCUAUAUAUGUAGGAGUAAAAAAAAGAAACAGCCAGAAGCAAAACCAAAUUCUGCAGUUUAAAAAUGAGACCUAUUUGUUUAAGCCUACUUAAGAAGCUCAGAAAAAUUAAAUAUAAAGUCGGAUUAUUACACAUAACGCGUAAGAUAGCUAUAACAAUUAAAUAUAUGUAUUGAGCUCUAUAUAGUAUAUGUGAAUAAGUGGCAUAUCUAUGUGGCAUAUGUGUAUGUAAAUGUACGCAAAAGUUUACAGCAAAAAUAAAAGCAAAAAAAACAA